UGUCUUUGCGACCGACCAUAGCCACCAAGUGACUGGAGUUACUGGCAACAGGACGACGACGAUCUCCGUUUGUCUAUGGAACUGUGCGUGUUCGUGCAAAACGUACUUCAUUUAUAGCCUAUAGAUAAUUUCAAAAGAAAAUAACGCAGAUGAGUAUUGAGUAUUAAGCUCUCUCUUGGAUGAAGAUCAGCCACAUAGUUGCCGGUGUUGAAUGAACAGGUGCAGACGGAAUCUGUCAGGGUUCGUGCGGGAAUGCAGAUUUCCCUGGGAAGUUACACUUCGGCGGUAAAUUACGGGAAAAGAUUCAUGUUUCCCGCACCUUGGGGGUGUUUAUAACUGAAGGUGUCAUGUCAUCCUGGAGCUUCUCUGCUAUAUGAGCGAUAGUGACGUAAUGGAGGCACAGUUCUUCCCAUCCUUGCCCCCAAACCUGUCCAAUACACUGAUGUACGAAGACACCUUCCUUUCGGGUGACGAGUUGGAUGGCAGUCUAACAAACGGAGUAUCGAAUGUCACCGAUCUCAACUUCGACAAGACCAGCACCGUGGUCAUUACCUUCAUGUACUUUGUGGUCUGUGCCGUGGCCCUCUCCGGCAACACGCUGGUCAUCUAUGUCAUCCUACGUUAUGCCAAGAUGAAGACCGUCACCAACAUUUACAUCCUGAACCUGGCGGUGGCUGAUGUACUCUUCAUGCUCAGUCUGCCCUUCAUUGCCAUCCAGCUGGCGCUGGUCCACUGGCCCUUCGGUGAGGUGAUCUGCCGGGUCGUCAUGACCGUAGACUCGCUCAAUCAGUUCACCAGUAUCUUCUGCCUGAUGGUGAUGAGCAUCGACCGCUACUUGGCUGUGGUCCACCCUAUCAAGUCCACCAAGUGGAGGAAACCCCGAAUGGCUAAAGCCAUCAACUUGGCUGUGUGGAGCAUCUCUCUGUUGGUCAAUCUGCCUGUUGUCAUCUACAGCGGCCUGAUCUUUAAGAAAGACAGCUGUUUCUGUACCAUUGUGUGGCCAGAACCCCAGGAGAACUACUAUAAAGUCUUUAUAUUUUACACCUUCUUCCUGGGUUUCUUUUUGCCACUCACAGUCAUCUGUCUCUGCUACCUUCUUAUCAUCGUCAAGGUCAAGUCCUCUGGGAUCCGGGUGGGCUCCUCCAAGAGGAAGAAGUCAGAGCGAAGGGUGACGCGCAUGGUCUCCAUCGUGGUGGCUGUGUUCGUGCUCUGCUGGCUGCCCUUCUACGUCUUCAACGUCACCUCGGUGACGGGCACCAUCAGCACCACACCGGCACUGAAGAGCACCUUUGACUUCGUGGUGGUGCUGGGCUAUGCCAACAGCUGCGCCAACCCCAUCCUCUAUGCCUUCCUCUCAGAGAACUUUAGGAAGAGCUUUCAGAAUGUCCUGUGCCUGAAGAAGGUGGGUGGACUGGAUGAGGUUGAGCGUACCGACAGCCGGCAGGACAAAUCCCGCAUGGUGAAUGAUCCUACGGAGACGCUGAGCACGCUGCUCAACGGCGACCUACAAACCAGCAUUUAAGCCCCAGACUCUGGGAACAUCAGGGAGAUGGACACUGUCAUCUACCAUCACAGAAAUACAGCAGAAUAUCCAACACAACACAGACCAACACAAGCAUUCUCCAUUCAGUUCCAGGAUAAUAAACUUUGAAAUUUUGAAAUGGUAAAGUGUCUGGCUCCACGAGGCAUAUUAGAUGCACCCAGUGUAGACAAAGUACACAUAAGGUUCCAGUCUAUGAUGCUGUUGAAGUCCUUAUGCUUGGAGAAUGAAGAUGCCUGCGGGAAUACAUGGUGAUGAUCAGUUUGAGGAUCCCAAUUUAUGCUGCCUCGCAGAACAUCCAGUUGCAGGCAGAUUCCUUGGUCUGCUCACCAUCAUUGUUCAAUUACAUGUUUUAUUGGCUCUCAUUCUCAUUUUUAUUGUAAAUUUGUUCCUUCACAGUCAGGUCACCAUCAUUGUUUCAAUGAUGAAAGUUUAAGGAUUCUUUAAGAGAUGUACAUUCGUCCCUGUAGCUUUCAGCUACAAUAAACUCUUCAGUGUUGCUCCUGUACUCUGCCAGUCCAAGGGGAACAUGAUGGUGGCUAUCAUCUCUAUCAUCACUUUUCCUCCAGAACACUGGUUUCAAGAUUUAAGCCAACUUUCAAAUUAACCACAUUCACAUGUAAACUGUCAAAGCUUUGGUUUGUUUAGACAGGAAAGCAUACCCAAAUAAGCAUCAGAUUAAGAGGUAGCAAUUGCUUUGCUGUAUUUUACUGAUGGACAAAAUGACACUUCAUGAACCAUUUGCUGUAUUUUUUGACCCCACUAGAUGGUGCUAUUGGUUUGCUUUGGGGCAUGAUUUGUGUCCUUUUUCGGUAAGACAUCAUCUAGUGGAGUCAAAAAAUACAGCAAAUGGUUUAUGAAACAUCUGUCAAUACUGCCUCCUGCGACAGAGCCAGUAAAUAAUGAAAUGUCCUUUACAAGGCAGAAGCAGGCAUGUCAAUAUGUGGUCCAUCAAAGGCCUUUAUUAACUCAUGGCUUAAUCAGGCUUUGAGAAUGUGGCAUCGUUUCAGACGCUACUGAGUUUCAGCACUCAGGCACAUUAACACCAAAAUACUAAGUGGAGCAUAACCUUUGCUGGAUAUAUUGCAGAUCCCUCCUGACAUGAAGAGGCACAAAAACAAAGUAACAUGAAGAGCGAUUGCAGUGCUCAUCCGAUUCCCAAUGCAUCCUUUAGAUCAGCGUUCUCAAUUCGAUCCUCAGGGACUCGCAAACAGUCCACAUUUUUGCUCCCAACUGAGGAGGAACAAAAAUGUGGACUGUUUGGCAGGGAGCUGGGAGAUAGCAAAAACAUGGACUGUUUGGCAG